CUCAUUUCUUGCCUUAUUUGUUGCUUUACGAUUUUUUGCUUGUGUCAUUCCAUUGACAUUCGUUCUUUGCAUUUGAUGCAUUUUUUAAUUUGUCAUUAGAGAAAAAGUAAUAAAUAUCUAUGUAGUUAUUCUUACAGUAACUGGUAAACAAUGAAAGUUUUGGAAAAAUUGUAGAUAUUUAAUGUAUUAUUCUUCUGAGAGCGAACAAAAAAUCUUACAGAGAUAGCGCUUAUGCACUAUUCUUGUCUGAUUCUGGACAUAAAUUUUCAAAGGGUUCGUUAUUAACCAUAAAUUAAAAUGUUCGAGAUACGCAACAAAAACACUAUGGUAUUUAGUUCCAUGGUAAAAACAAUCAGGCAUAGUGUAGUGGGUGCUUAUCCCUCUUGUCAUGUGGGAACACGUCUUGACGAACGCCGUGCAAAAGCACGAGCAUUACGCCAGGAACGUCGUCGAAAACCCGAUAAACCUGACGAUUUCGUUACCUACGAUGACUCUGGUAGCGAUGAAGAAACUCCACAACAGCAGGAGGAAGUACUGAAUACUUCAUUCAAUUUAUGCGAUUAUUUAAAGAGCAGAGAGACUGGUUUAAAAGAACAACGCAGCUUCAAUUUUGAGAAUACCAGCCGUUAUGUGCUCACACAUGAUAUGUUACGAGAAACGCAGAUACAUCUGGGCUAUAUUAAUAAGGUUUUCUGUUCCAAAUGGUUAAGUAACCGCCAGGUGGUUUUUGGCACUAAAUGCAACAAGUUGCUGGUAUACGAUGUAAAUAUGCGACGCGUGGAUGCCAUUCCUACACUUUCUAAUAAUCGUGCUAAUCAUCCAGAAGUUCAAGGUGGCUUGCAUGCUAUCGAAAUUAACCCGAGUCGCUCAUUCCUUGCUACAGGAGCGCGAAAUUCAGCAGACAUCGCUGUGUAUCGAUUGCCUACACUGGAUCCUGUAUGCGUCGGAGAAAAUGGACAUCGCGACUUGAUAAUGGGCAUGUGUUGGUUAGAUGAUCAAUUCUUGGUUUCGGGUUCAAAAGAUUCACGUCUGUCGCUUUGGCGUAUUAAAGAGGAUCUCAUGGAUUUUCCAGAUGGUGGUAAGGAAGCAUGUCCUACAUUUGCCACGAUUAAUCCACUGUGUGUAAAAGAUGUGCGCACAGCACAGAGGAUUCGUUCACUUUGCUUCAACAAAGAAUUUAAAGAGAUUGCAGCACUUUCGUUAAAUGGCUAUAUACACAUCUUUAAUGCAGAAACCUUCAAACAAAAACUAUCUCGUAAACUGCCCAAUUGUCAAGAUAAUGUAAGCAUAGCGUAUCACAGCGAUGGCCUGUAUGCUGUUGGCUGCCGCUCAUACACCAUACUUUUAGACGCACGAACAUUGCAGACAAUCAAGAAGAUAACAUCGCGUUAUAACGGAUGUGGCAUACGUGCCACAACAUUCGAAGGUAACCUUCUCACAGUUGGUACUGGCUUGGGAAUGUUAUUAUUUUACGAUAUACGUGCUGGUAAAUAUUUGGAGAGCAGUGUGAAUGCUUCCCGUACAGUGGCUUUAAAAUGUAGUAAAGGCAUUGUGUAUCCCGAAGAUGAAAUGGAUGGCUUCCAACAAGUGAAAUAUGUACCAGCAAUUUACACACAUUGCUAUGAUAGUACAGGUAUGAGACUAUUUGCAGCUGGCGGACCACUACCUGCUACACUUGUCGGCAAUUAUGCAGGUGUUUGGCAGUAAUUGGAGUGAAUUAAAUAAAUUAGUUAGCUGGAACUUAGCUAAAAUAAUCAGAUACUCGUAUCUGUGUGUGAUUUUCGGAAAUAUUUCCACCUUUAUUUUGUAACUUAUUAAGAUGCAUUUGGAUCUUGUAGGAAAAUAUUAUUUUUUUAUUAUUAAAACUAGAGUUUAUACUUCAAACAACAAUACCCAUAAAUCUAUCAUUAUAUUCAAAGAAAAUGAUAUAAGUUUUUGCUUUAGAUGUGAAUGAAAAAUAAUAAUAAAUGCCCAUAUAUUAUGUUAUUUUUUUACUAUAUAAAAAAAGCAAGCCGAAAAAGCCUAUAGAUUUUUCAAACAUAACAUAUAUUUUGAAUGUAAAGAAAUAAGUACAUUUUUACAACAAUAUUAUUUACAUUUUCUAGUUUUUUUUUUUGUAAUUUUAUUCCUAUUCAAAUAAAGGUACUGGAAUAAUACGAUUUACUAUGUGAUUUUUGAGUUAAACAAUAGUUGCUUCGGUAGAUAAACAUGUGGUAAAAGCAAUAAUAAUAGUAGAAUUAUUGCAUAUACUAUAUAUAAAUAAUAUUCAAUGAGGGAUAAACAUACAAAGUAAUACGUAGCUACAUACAUACACGUACGUACAUAAAUAACGAUAAGAGACCGAAAACGUAUAUAAAAGUUAAAGAGAAAAGUAUUUGGAAAUAAAAACAAAAAUAAUUACAAACAAAAAAAAAAUAAUAGCAGAUUUCUUUAAUUCUGAGGUUCUGCAUCUAACCCAUUCUUCUAUACUUAAUUUCCACAGUUCUCAUACAUUUUCUUUAUAGAAAUUACACAUAAAAUUUUAUUUACAUUUUUUUAUUACUGUGAAAAUCGUGAAAUGUAUCUGUUAGUAAAAACAAGUAACUUAACACGCUACAUUUUGUUAUGUUAUGUUAUUGUAAUGCCUUCCCUCAAAAUCUUAAAAUAAAAAUUGUUUCCUGCUAUGACUUUUUCUUAUUAGGCCCUGAUUUGUAAACGAAAAUCUUAUGCAUAUGGGCGAAUGGGGCAUAACAUAGUGAUCUGGUAAAAUAUCUACAAAAAAAAA